GAUACUCGCAACAACGCCAUCGAGUCAUUGGAGCAAAUUCAGCGUGAAGUGGAAGAGCUGGAGAAAGCCCUACCAAUAACGUUGCCGUCUUCAUCUGAUUUAAUUGAUUUCCAACAAGCUAGAACACCAAAGCUACUCUCCAAACUCGAUGCAAUAUCUGAUGUUCCAGUCGAUUUGCUACCAAAGAAAGAAGAUCUUUCAAAUCGAAUCGACAUGAUUAACAAGAAAUUAGACGAUCAAGUGCAUGAAAUGGAGGAUUUCGAACAGAAAACUGUUGACUUGCAAAACGUUGUUGAUGAAUGCCGUGGUAAACUGAGAAUUCGUGAUACACCUGCUCCUAUCGAUGAUGUGACUAAGGAUGAGCAAGAUCUGUCAGCAAUUCUUGUCGCUGUCGAUUCAAUUCCACAAGAAGAUCUUUCACCGAGGAAUCAAUUGGCUCGAGAUGUGAACAAUAUUAAAGAACAAGUGAAGGGUCAAUUGGCAACCUUGCGGAAAGCUCUACCGGAUGAAAUGAAAGCACGUCAACAACAAGAUGAACUCAAGGAUCGCCUAUCAAGUAUUGCUGAUGCUUUGACAAGAAAACUGAGUGGUGUCGCGGAUGCGUAUCAGCAAUUCGCUACCAGCCCAUCAUCAGUUGUCAGUCACGAUGAUCUCGAUAAGACUCUACCGGAACAAGUGCAGAAGUUGAAGAAGGAAUGUGAUGAGAAGAAGAAGGAUAUCGAACAGAUUGCGCAGUUGAAGUCAGUUGCGCCUGAGAUUCUUCUUCUCAUUUCCGAAAGUCUACAGCAACAACCUGAAGAGAUACCACACAAUCUCAACGAUCAGCAAUCAGUGCUUGAGGAACUCGAGACAAAGAAGCAACGUCUUGAAAAUCUCAUACAAACGAUCCCUGUUGGCGAAGCGACGGAAGAGCUGCGACAGAGGAGCGCAUGGGAUCUGUCGAGACUGAAAGAUCUACUGAAAAGGCUUGGUGAUUCAGUUGGAGAUAAGCUUGCUGCGUUAGCUGCAUUCAAUGUUGCACGCAAAGAUGCUGAAGAUCAACUGUUGAUGAUCACUAGCCCAGAAAGUGACGAUAGAACACCUGAUGAUUUGAAAAAGGACGAAGAAUCGCUUCAAAGACUUCAGCAGAGUAUUUCUCAACUUGACAGUAGCGAUCUGGAUGAUGAACAACGUGAUGAACAUGCCCAACUGUUGGAUCGCAUCAAUAGGACGCUAGCUAUCCUAAAG